AGCGGUCCUCAGGCCUAGCUCCGGACAGACCCCGCCCUCGGGGUCCCUCGCUUUGGGGAGGGGCUGUCAGCUAGUCCGGCCCCUCCUGCCUGGCGGAAGCAACCCGCCCGGCCGAUCUUGGGACCUGUAAGCUCUGGGUAACGGCCCCACCUUUGGGCCACUCCGUCCCGUUAGCUUGAGGGACUCUUUCCCCCUCGGCCUCAGAAGAUGGCUGUUCUGUCACCUCAGCGAGGACAGCAAGGACAGGCCCUCUGCCCUUCCCCUUUCCUUGAGAUGGCCGUCCCUUCCCCCUUAGUUCUGAAAGAUGUCCGCUCCAUCUUAUCGUCCCUGAAGGGUAACCGCUCUUAUCCCCAUUGCUCCCUUGUGAUGGUUGUUCCAUUUCCUCCCAUCUGAGAGAGACUGCCCUCUCUCCCUGGCAGUGGGAAAUAGACUGCUCCCUCCCCAUCAACUCUGGGGAUGGUCUUUGAGGUCCUUUAGUGAGGACAGGCCUGUUUCCCACUCCCUAGGCCCCUAGUGAUGGCCGCCCCUACCUCUUUUACCUCAUGGGAUGUUUGCUCCUUCUCCUUAGCCCAGGAAAAGACCCCCAUUCGCUUGGAAGAUAACAGAUAUUGCCCCUAGUGGCCUCUUAGAAUGGCCUCUCCUUUUGCCCUGAGGGUUGGCAGCCCUCUCCCACUGCCCACGGGAGACAGGCCACCCUUUCCAAUUAGUCUUAUAAUGAUGCUCCCUCUCCUUAGCAAAAAUAUACCCGCUCCCACCCCAUUGAGCCCCCUGCAAUAGCAUCCCUUUCCCCUUUGGCCCCAGAGGCUAUCCACUCCAUCCCUAUAGAUCCCAUGGAUGACCAAUCAUAUCUCCAGUAGCCCCUUAGGAUGGGGUUCAUGGGAUGGCCACUCCAUCCUUAUCACUGCUUCCUCUGGUCUUUCUAGAAAUGCCACCCCCUUCUCAGCUUAUUGAAUUGUGCCCUCCUUCCGCCCCAAUGAUGACAGAUUUGUUCCCCUCUCCCUUCCUGGGUUGGCUGCUCAGCCCCAGAAGACAAGAUGGCCACUACCUUAGCUCAGACAGGCAUCCCUGUCUCUCCCCAGGAAGGGGGACUCGGUCACAUCUGGUCCCCAUCAGUCCUCUCUUCCCUAUACCUAGCCUCCUUGGCCCAGAAGGCUUUUCUCCCAGUAAUUCUCUCAAUAAGAUCUACUUAAUCCUCCUACCCCUUCCCUGAGCAAGUCUGGUGAAAAUAGAGGGAGAGGACUGGACUGUCCAUCCUUAAUUUAAUCCAAUGCUCACAUAUAUUCUGAGCUUCCUGCCUUUGUCAGAUCAGAAAGAGGCCUCCCUUGUGAGUCAUGCUUGGUACUGUGCAGCCCAGAAUGCCCUUCGAGAGACAAACGUGCGGUACAACAUCCCCGUGUCUUCUGCCUCCCUUUCGGCCAUCAAGAGCCUGGGCCUCCGGGGUGUCUCCUGCAUUAGCCUGACCAACCUGGACGGCUCACCCACUUCACACCAGGUGCUGCAGUCUGUUGCCUACCAUCUGGGCCCUCACCUGCAGAGUUUGUGCCUGGGUGGGGGCAGCCCCACAGAGGCCUCUUUUGUGGCCCUGAUCCUGGGCUGCCCGGCCCUGCGUGUCCUUGACCUCAGCGGGUGCGACAGCCUCUUCACAUCGGGCACGCUGCUGUCUCAGCCCGAGACAGCUCAGGGUGUCCGGCGGGCAUUGAGUGGCCUCCGUGAGCUCAACCUGGCUGGCCUGCGGGACCUAGCUGACCUCAGCUUCAACCAGCUCAGCAGCUGCGCCCCUAGCCUGGAGCGCCUCUCCUUGGCCUACUGCCACCUCAACUUUGAGCUGGGCCCAGCCCGGGGCUCCAUCGGCCUCCAGGACUCCUCCCCAUCCCAGUUCUCCUUCCGCAACCUACUGCGAUUCGUGAAGGAGAGGGCUGGCAGGCUGCACGCCCUGGACUUGAGUGGCACCGGCUUGCCACCAGAGGCCCUGCAGGCCCUGGGCCAGGUGGCUGGGCUGAAGCUGCAGGAGCUGAGCCUGCACAGCUGCCGGGACCUCUCCACGGAAGCCGUGGCCACCCUGUGCCGCCAACAACCAGGCCUUACCUCCCUGGACCUCAGCGGCUGUUCAGAACUGACUGAUGGGGCACUCUUGGCUGUGAGCCGGGGCCUGCAGCGCCUGCGGCGCCUGAGCCUGGGAAAGCUGCAGAGGCUGACAGACGCGGGAUGCAAGGCCCUGGGGGGCCUGCGGGAGUUGCAGAGCCUCGACAUGGCUGAGUGCUGCAUGGUGAGCGGGCGGGAACUGGCCCAGGCCCUGCGCUCGGUACACGGAGCUCCACUCCGCCUGGAGUCCCUCAGCCUGGCCUUCUGCUCUUCACUGAAGGAUGCCUCAGUGCUCUCCGUGAUCCUGGCGCUGGGCCCGAGCCUCAGGGUGCUAGACCUGUCCUCCUGUGUGACCCUCACCAAUGGGACCGUGCAGGCCAUCUGCACCUACCUCACCCACCUCUCGGUCCUGCGCCUGGCUUGGUGCAAGGAGCUCCGCGACUGGGGGCUUCUGGGGCUGGGGGAACCAAGUGAGGAACGUGCACAGAGGCCCCAGCCAUCUCCUGAGCUGGAGCAUCAGGCCUCAGGCCCCAAGGACCCCUCUCCUGAGCCACAGGGCCCCUCCCUGCUCACGCUGCAGGCCCUGCAGGAGCUGGACCUCACAGCCUGCAGCAAACUGACUGAUGCCAGUUUGGCCAAGGUGCUCCAGUUCCCCCAGUUGAGGCAGUUGUCACUGAGCCUGUUACCAGCACUCACAGACAUGGGCUUGGUGGCUGUGGCCAGGGGCUGUCCCAGCCUGGAGCGCUUGGCACUGAGUCAUUGCAGCUGCCUCAGUGAUGAGGGCUGGGCCCAGGCAGCCAGCUCCUGGCCAAGGCUGCAGCACCUCAACCUCUCCAGCUGCAGUCAGCUCACAGAACAAACGCUGGACACCAUUGGGCAGGCAUGCAAGCAGCUCCGGGUAUUGGAUGUGGCUAUGUGUUCUGGUAUCAACGUAGCUGCCGUCAGGCGCCUCCAAGCCCAGCUGCCCCAGGUGACCUGCGUCCAGUCCCGCUUCGUGGGAGGAGCGGACCUGACCCUAACACUGUGAGGCCAGCCUGGUUGCAGCCUCUUUCCAGCUACAUGUCGCUGCCACAGGCUCCUGCUCUCCUGGCCAGGGCCUGGUGUUGAGAAGCAGACCUGUGCCUCUUGCCUGCCCACCUCUCAGACCUCAGGCCUGUGCUCACCUGUUCCCUGUGGGAGCCAUCCCAGCCUCCCAGGAGCACUGGGCUUUGGCAGCCAAGCCCAAGUCUUUGCUGUAAACCCAAACAGGAUUAAAAAUUCCAGAUAGCACUA